AUGGUACAUUCACCGUUCUCUACAGAAUUAUAUAAUUCUUACCCUGUGGCUCAUUCUCAACACGCUAUUUCUUCGGUGCAUCAUCUCGAUAAUAUGUCAAAGUCUUCGUGCAAUGGUAGCGACAAUUUCUCCAAGAAAAGAAAGCAAGAUUUUCAAUAUCCAAUAACCGCAGUACAAGAAUGUUAUUUACCCUCUAAUCAACAAAAAUCACAAUUAAUAUAUUCCCAACAACAAUCACAACAACUUAAUGUAGCUUAUCAACAAUAUCAUUCUCCCGCUAUGUUGAAUUCGGCUGCUUGGAGUGAAUAUGUUCGUUCAAAUCCUUCAACACCAACAAACUCUCCUUCACGUUCUGAUGCACAACUUAAUAGUAGAUCUCAAAAUGGAGCUUAUAAUAUGGAUUAUCUUAUUACUGAGAAUUUACCUGGAAAUAUGUCAUUGCCAACUUCUGACAACACUUUUGGGUUGGGAAAUUUGUAUAAUUCUUAUGACAGCGUUGAAACCUCAAUUCCAGUUAAUGCAGCGUCAGGAUUUUCAAAUAGCUAUGAAUACGGUGAUAUCACAAACGCGUCCAUCGCUUCUGCUUCCGUUGGUAACUCUCCAAUAUCUAGUCCUGAUAUUUGUGGUGAUUCAUCAUUAUGUCAUCGUAAUCAAGUUAAUGACAUUAACUCAACGGAAAGCGAGCCAAGAAAAAACUCUGUUAAUGAUUUACCAUAUGAAAAUCUUCAUCAGCCUUUGAAUGAAUUGGCCGCAGCAGCAGCAAUGAUUUCUUGCAAUCGUGAUGACAAGACAUAUACACCAAUAGUAGUUGAUUCAAUAAAUACUACAAAUGUUAGAAAUAAUCGUAAACCUCAUUUAAUGCCCUUGAAUAUUACGACAACUCCACCUAAUAUGUAUCGCCUUGGCGACAUGCCAACUGAAUUCGGGUUUGAUUCUCUUGCGAGUUCUCCAUCUCCUGCAGUCACUAUGCCUCCUACACCAGUUUUCUUUGAACCCGGUUUCCUUGAUGGCGUUGACGGCGUUACAAAUCCGACUAUUACUGAUGGAUUUACUUUUAACUUGAAUACUGAGUUACCAACCGAUCAAUUGCUUGAAAGUACCACAAUAUCUCGAUCUCAUAGUUACGAUAAUAUGUCAUCUCCCCAGCACGGUUCCGUUUUUACAUCUGAAAAAAUAAUUGAUAAUCCACAAACAAUUACUCCAGCUGCUAUUACCAUUACUCAACCAAAUUUUACACCGAUGCUUACUCAAACUCCGAGCACACUUGAUGUGGAGCCUGAUUAUUUCAGUGUUAAACCACUUUGCCAACAACGUUCUGCUGCUAAAAGUCGCAGAAAUAGUUCAGUUAGUAAUCCACCGAACAUUAAGGCUGAACCACGUACACCUGCUCUUUCACCACUUGAAUCCCCCGGUACUUCAAUGUCAUCUGCUAGUUCCUCACCUCCAUCACCGUCCCCUCCGCACACUCCAACUUACAUGCGUAGAGUGUCUAUUUCUCCUACUAUCAUGGAAGAAGAGGAAGAUAUUAUGGCUUCAUCUGCUAAUAACAAUAAUCUUGCACUUGUUGUUUCUAAUUAUGGUUCUGAUAUGUCUUCGACUGUUAACCAAAGACUUCCUCAGGGCGCUAUGGUUAAUCUUAUGAGGCCGGUGAUUCAACAAUACCUGAAUUCUACUAAUCCAGCUGCGAUGGGCGAAAAAACAGUAAUGGUUUUGACUUCAAAAGUUGCUCAAAAAUCUUACGGCACAGAAAAAAGAUUCCUGUGUCCUCCACCUACAACAUUGAUUUUGGGAUCAAACUGGUGGUCUCCGCACAAUAUUGGCCAUUCACAAUCACCAACGACAUACAGUCCACCAAAGAUCUCUGUUGGCAUUUCUGGUGAACUAGGACAUCAACAGGGAAUUCUUGAGUGUAUUAGUUCAUCGGGAAAUCCACUUGAUCCUAAUGCAUGCUCUGAAAUGGCUUUCAGCGGAAAAUGUGUUUCUAAGCAUUUGUAUAUUAAUGAUGCUGAUGAAAAACGAAAAAGAGUAGAAGUUCUGGUGAAUAUUCAAAGUCCUAUGGGGCACGAUUUUGGGACUUUCGCGAGUAAGCCGAUUAAGGUUAUCAGUAAACCAAGCAAAAAAAGACAAAGUGUAAAAAACAUGGAAUUAUGCAUUCAUCAUGGAACUACAAUUUCGCUUUUCAAUCGUAUUCGUUCUCAAACAGUAUCCACUAAGUAUCUUGGAGUCUCAAUGCAAAGUAACAAUCAAACGUUCGGCCCUUGGAAUUAUAAUAAUAGUCACAUGCAUUCAGGCCAAAAUGAACAACCCCAUCCUUGCUUCGUUGCCCGUACUGGAAGUUGGGAUCCUUUCAUAAUUUGGAUAGUUGACCCUCGUUACGUUAAGGGUAAAGAUGAUCAUCCUCCUCAGCAGCCAACAAACGCAAAUUUCCCUCGCCCUCCACCUGCUGCCAUUAAAUCAAAUAAUGGGAACCCCAUCCCAAUUCAUUACAACCAACCUAUAGUCUUGCAAUGUUUGACAACUGGAAUGACAAGCCCGACUAUGAUUAUUCGUAAAGUGGACAAAGGUAGUAUGGUUAUCGGAGGUGGUAUUCUUGAUUCUAAUGGGCAUGGUGAAGCUGAAGAAGCUUUAGGUGACCCAGUUUCGCAACUUCAUAAAGUUGCAUUUCAAAUUAAGGAUACUAGCAUGUCUUCACCUUCAACCUCCCCGACAUUCCAAUCUCCAAAUAAUCAACAUCUGCCAGGACCCGGUACAUAUCUUGCUUGUCUAGGUGAUGUUGUAGGAAUGCAACGUGCGAAUGAAGGCCGAAAAAUCAUAACUCAACCCUCGACCGUACCAAUUAAUACCAAUUUUUUGGACAUGAAACCUAAUUCUUCGAUACCUUCACCGACCGACAUUUCAUCGGCAGUUGCCGCAGCUUGGGCAUCCAAUACUACAGAUUUCUCUAUGGAUUCAACUACAUUGCCCGAAUCUGCUGUAGUUACCGCUGAAGGUGGAAAAGUUAUCCGUAAGCGACGUGUUUCCUCAUCGGUGGUAGUUAGGCCUACCACAUUAUCCAAAGCUGCAUUGACAAAAAACAGAAGGAGGGUAAAUAGUUUAAGUGGUGUAGCAAGUGAAGUUGAUCUUGCGAAAUUCGCCAGCGUAAGAAACUCAGUUGGUCACCGACACCAUGAUAACGCUGGUGCUUUAUGGACCGAAGAUGUAACUGAUGCCGCUGUCUGGACGAUUGUUGGAACGGAUUGUGCAUCGUAUACGUUUUAUUCUCCACAAAACUUAAUUUCCGGAUCAAUGAGUCCAUCUCACCAUCUUUCAUCAUUAUCGUUACCUAUGCCGGUUACUCCAUUACCAAGUAUUUCAAACAUACUUAGUACUACGUCAUCAUCACCCUGCUCAAUUCCUACAUCACAGCUCCAGCAUUCAGCAGCUCCAAACACUAUAACUAUAUAUGGUGAUAACUUUACCCGAGACUUAAUGGUAUGGUUUGGAGAUAUUCCAAGUCCGAGAACAGAGUUUAGGUCUAAAGAUUGCCUGGUAUGCUGGUUACCAGAAGAGUUGAUGUAUGAAAUAGAGCAUCAUAAUAAUAAUAUUAAGCGGGACAUUUCUGGUCUUCAAGGCCGUCAUCUUCAUUGGCUUCCCAAUGGGAGGAUGAACAUGAGUGGUCGACCAAUCUUGUUAAGUCGUAACGAUGGCGUAGUGUUUAAAACAGGAAAAGUGUGGCCUUAA